UGCCCCGGGGAUGCCCGGCGGGGCCGCGGCCUGAGGCGGCCGCCCGCCCGCCGCCAUGCCGGUGAAGAACCGGUACAACCUGGUGGACGAUGGCUGCGACUCCCGCGUCCCGCUGCACAACGAGGAGGCCUUCCAGCACGGCAUCCACUUCCAGGCCAAGUACAUCGGCAGCUUGGACGUCCCCAGGCCCAACAGCCGCGUGGAGAUUGUGGCAGCCAUGAGGAGGAUUCGGUAUGAAUUCAAAGCCAAGAACAUUAAGAAGAAGAAAGUGAGCAUCAUUGUGUCUGUGGAUGGGGUGAAGGUGAUUCUGCGCAAGAAGCAGAAGAGAAAGGAGUGGACCUGGGAUGAGAGUAAGAUGGUGGUGAUGCACGACCCUGUGUACAGAAUCUUCUAUGUGUCUCAUGACUCACAAGAUCUGAAAAUAUUCAGUUACAUCGCAAGGGACGGCGCUAACAACUCCUUCAGGUGCAAUGUCUUCAAAUCAAAGAAGAAGAGCCAGGCCAUGCGCGUGGUGCGCACCGUGGGCCAGGCCUUCGAGGUGUGCCACAAGCUGAGCCUGCAGCACGCGCUGCACAACGCCGACGGGCAGGCGGACGGCGCCAGCGACAAGUCGGCCGAGGAGCAGCCGCUGGAAGUUCACCAGAUAAAGGGCUCCAAGAUCACAGACGUGGAUGAGGUUGGCAUCGACUCUGAUGGCAUCUGUGUGUCUGAGAGGGGACCCCGAGAGCUGCCCACUGCCAGGGGGGACCUUGGCAUGCUGAAACCUGGACAAGCCUCUAAGGAUAAGAACUCCCAGGACCCCGAGGUCUGCUCCCUGCCCCCGGCCGGCUCACAGCCGCUGCUCAGCCCGGGCAGUCCCUGCUCCUCGGCCUCCAUCACGCCGCUGGCCUCGCAGCACUGCCUCCAGCUGCUCCAGCAGCAGCUCCUCCAGCAGCAGCAGCAGACACAGGUGGCCGUGGCCCAGGUGCAGCUCCUGAAGGACCAGCUGGCAGCUGAGACAGCAGCGCGGAUCGAGGCUCAGGCGCGGGUGCGGCAGCUGCUGCUGACCAACCGGGACCUGCUGCAGCACGUGUCCCUCCUGGUCCGGCAGCUGACGGUGCUGGAGGCCCGGGAGCAGCACCGGCAGCCGGUUGACCGCUCCUUGCAAAACCUGUCGCUGGCUCAGUCCCUCUCCCUGAACCUGAAGAACCACUACAGCCUGGACAUCCACCUGCCCUCCACCUCCAGCCCCGCCAGCAUCCUGGGCAGCCCCGUGGCCCCCGGCUCGCUGCCAGCCCUGGGCCCCGGGGACUCCUACCUCAACCUCGGCAGCCUGGAGAGGGGCAGCAAGGACGGGGACGAGUGUGUGUCUGUGCUGGAGGGGCAGGACGGGCUCAGCCGGCGCGUGGAGGGCUCCGAGGUCAGCGAGUUCACUCUGCUCAGCAGCAGCAGCCGGCACAAGGACGACACAGACAGAGGGGACGAGGACAGCAGGCGGCAGCAGCCCAUCCCCAAGCUCAACCCCCCGCCGCCCAUCCUGCGCAAAAGGUCGAGCAAGACCUCUCCGAGCCUGGAGGUGGAGGCGAAGCCUGAGAGCGCUGCCCACGUCAGCCUGCCCAGCCCCGGCCUCUGCAGCCUCAGCAGCGCCGCCGCCAGCUCGCUCACCCUCACGGACCCUGAGGGCAGGACUCCGGCACGGAGCGCUGCCCCCGGCACAGAGCCCCCCGCUGCGGGCGGCUGGGCGCGGGGCAAGGGCAGGACUGCAGAGAGCGGGCACCCGUCCCCCCUGGCCAACAGCCGGGAGCCUGCGGCCACAGCGGCCCUGGGGAAGGACUUGGCCGCCCUGGGCAGCCCCACGGACAGCUCGCUGCCGCUCUGCCCCGCGGACGACACCCGCUUGCACAUCAGCUUCUCGGAAGAUGAGCUGCUCGAACCGGAGCUGGACACUGCCCUGGGGCCCUGCAGGGUCCCCUCGUAGUGGGGCUGCAGGAGGUGGCAGCUCCAUCCCUUUCCCCCCAGCAGCUGGGGCUGGGGAGCCCUGUGCCUGGGGUGGGAGGCAGAUCUCUGCUGUCCCCAUCCCACACAGCAGCUUCCCCCACGUACGGUGCUGCCACCCAGGACACGACCAGGCUGGGCCCUGCCCUCGCUCUGCACCAGCUCACUCUGCCUUCCCUGCUGCCCAUCCCAGGGCUCCCUCCUGGCACCUCUCUGCCGCUCCCUGGCAGAGACACCCCGUGUCACUCCCCACAUGCCUCCAGUGGCUGUGUGGCUGCUGGCAGCCUCACACCAGCCCCAGCCCUCCCGCAGCAGAAGAGCCUUUGCCAGCCCUGGUGCCGUGGCCUGUGGGGGGCUCUGGGGGGGCGAGAGGCCAGCAGGCAGCGCUGCUGGAGGCCACAGCACACAGCAGGAUGGGGCUGGUGUGACGGGCCCUGGGGAGGUUCCCCCCAGUCAGCACCUCUGGGAGACACUCCACAGCAGAAACAUCCCCCAGCAUCGACCGAGGGGAGCCCCUGGGGCUGUGAGCACUGGGCAGAGGCUGCUGGCACUGACCCAUCCCAGCAGCUGCCACCGACAGCCACGGUGCCACUUCUCCAGGGCAGCCUGUGCCCACCAGCACCAUGCAGCCAGCCCAGCUUUUGGGGACACCAGCCCCACUGCUGUGUCCCCACGCAGCAAAGCCACCACUGCCUCCCUCCACAGGUGCCUUUUCCUGUGCCCCAGCACCCACUGCCAACACAGACUGGGGCCACCACCCCAGAGACCACUAACUGGGAGCAGGGUGACCCCAGAGCUGGGGACUGCAGGCAGGAGGCUGCUCCAUCGUGCUGAUGUUAGAGUGUUGUGCUUUGGGGUUUAUGUCAGAAGUGUGAGUGUCCUGGGAUGAGUUGAGGUUUAAGGAUGAAGCCCAGCCCUGGGUGAAGGGUUGAGGUGAGGACACGUGUGUCCCUCACCAGGGGCAGGUUUUGGGGAGGGACUGAAGGAGACGCUUGUCCACCUCAGUUGUUUGUUAGAGGAUGUUAGGAAAGUGUUGGAGGGUCAAGUUGGGGAAGUGUUGAGUAGAGAUGGAGCCUUGGAGCAGCCACACUGCCUGUUCCCAGCAGGGCCCUGCUCCCACAGGGGGAUGGACACACAUCCUGGAGCCAGGCAGGGGAUCCAGCUGUGGGCUGGGGGAGCAGCACCCUGGGCCUGGGGCUUGGAGAGCUGCGGCGGGGCCGUCCCGUAGCGUGGUAGAGAUGGAGCAGCACGUGUGUAGGAACCAAGUACCCUGCAGUUUGGUAACUGACUUUUAAAGAAAACAAUAAAAGUGUCUGAUUUGCA